GUUUCUUCUUUCUACUUUCAAAUUUCACUUCUCUUCUCUUCUCUUCUCUGCUUCUCCUCGAUCUUUCUCUUCUCCAUAUCCAUAAUGACAGAGAAAGACAAGAAACCCUACUCCAAAACCAAAGAAACACAGCCAAACUCAAGAUUCUACAACUACACUCUCUUCAUUUUCAUCUCUUUAACCGCUUGGUUUCUUCUUCUCUUCCUCUAUCUUCCUCCUGCAAUCCCCACAAACUCAAAACAACAAAACACUUACGGUCUUCAUAACAUUGACAAUUAUAAUCAAACGCCGUUUUCAGUUUACAUUUACAAUUUGCACCCACAGUUUAACUUCAAACUUCUCAAAAACUGCUCCCACUUGAAUAUCUACAGCAACAUGUGUCCACACGUAGCAAAUCGCGGCCUCGGCCAGCCACUUCCCGAUAUAGCCACCGAGUUGGGUCUGGGCGGAGCGUGGUUCGCCACCCACCAGUUUCUAGCGGAAAUGAUCUUCCAUGCACGUAUGGAAAAUCAUCCGUUUCGCACGUGGGAUCCGUCACGUGCGACGCUAUUCUAUGUUCCGUUCUACGGCGGUCUUCAUGCGUCUAGUAAAUUCCGAGAGGCGAAUUUCACCGUUCGCGACGAGUUGGCAGUUGAAUUGGAGGAGUUUCUACGGUCACAGCCGUGGUGGGAGAGGCAUCAAGGGAAGGACCAUUUUAUGGUCUUAGGCCGAACAGCAUGGGAUUUUAUGAGAACUCCAGGUGGGACAGACUUCGGAGCCAACUGUCUUCUUAAUCUGCCACGUAUACGUAACAUGUCGGUGAUGACAGUCGAGAGACACCCCUGGAAAGGCUUAAACCAAUACGGGAUCCCUUACCCUUCUUAUUUCCAUCCGUCCAGGUCACAACAAAUGCUGACGUGGCAACAGAAAAUACGGCAAGUAAAACGGCCCCACUUGUUCACUUUCAUUGGGGCCCGACGGAAGGGCGUCGAAGAGAAAGCAGCCAUGCGAAACGAAUUGAUACGGCAAUGCGGUGAGUCAACUCACUGCAACCUAAUGCCUGCAAGCAGCCAAGGUUCAAGCACGUGUUACAAACCUAGUGAAGUAAUCAAAGCAAUGAGCAGCUCUGAUUUCUGCCUGCAAGCACCAGGUGACUCUUUCACACGACGUUCGACGUUCGAUGCGGUGCUCGCCGGUUGCAUUCCGGUGUUCUUUUCCCCGCACACGGCGUACACUCAGUACACGUGGUUUUUGCCGGCCGAUGGGGAGGAGAACUCGUACUCCGUUUAUAUCGACGGCGAGAAGGGGAAUAUGAGCAUAAAAAUCGAAGAAGAAUUGAUGAAAAUACCGAGAGAGAGAGUUGAGAUGCUGAGAAAUAAAGUUAUUGAUUUGAUUCCUAGAGUUACGUACAAACAUCCCAAUGCAAGUGACGAUGAAGCCGAGUUUGAAGAUGCCGUUGAUGUUACAAUCGCAGCUUUGGCGAAGAAGGUUCAGAAAAUAAUACAGUAAAUUAAUACGUGUAUAAUAUGGUAUUAUUCUUUUUAAUGCGGUGUUUAUUUAUUGUACCUAAUCUAGCCGAUGAUACCGAGGACUGUACUGUUUCUUCUUCUAGACGGUUUAAUAUUUCCCACCAGAUUGCACCA